CAUGAUCACCAUUAAAAAUUUGAAAGGUGAUUUGCUUGUGGAUUGGCACCGGGAUCAGACAAAAAAUGGUGUGCCUUACUAUAAAAAUUGUCGGCUGGAGACCAGCCAGUGGUACCACCCAGACUAUGUGUUGCUGCUCCAGGGCGUCAUCCAGCGCUUCCGAGGCACUCGCUACACUGCCUACAGAAUGGCUCAGAAACUUGCUCAUAUAAGAGACACUUUGGGAGUGACCUCAGUGAACCUACAAACAAUGGUGGCAGCCUUCGCAAGUGUGGGCCUCACAAGCAGUGACUGCAAUGAUGAUCAAAUUUCAGUUGCUGUUACUGAAGCUCUGCUGGAAAAUCUCUUUGUUUUGCCUGAGUCAGAAAAUAAUUCAUCUUACCGGCGCAGAGGCGCGGUGCAGAGCAAACGUCUGAAACAACUGCAUUCUGAUGACAAAUUAAAAGCAGGUGGAGUUAGUGGUCCAAAAAAGCCUUGCAAGUGUGAAUCAAGACGAACGAGCUGUUCAGCAAAAGAAGCAUCUCAGAAGCAACUUCAUGACAAGAAAUAUUGUAAUGUGUGUGCAAAUUCUUUCGAAGAAAUUGACAAAUCUGUUUCAGUAGAACUGCUUCUCAAUCUUCUGCUCAAUUUAUUUGACCAGGGCAGGUCAGGCGUAGUGCCUGUUCUUGGCUGCAAGCUUGUGCUGUGUGUGUUGUGUGGCGCUGAUGUUUCUCUUCAGCGCACCCAAGCCUUCCUUGCUGCUCAACUUACUGGCAAUGAAGGACAAAUUUCCAGAGGCACUCUACACCGGGCGUUGCUGCUGCUUGCUCGACUCCCAGAACUGCUGGGAGAAGAGCUGUGGUUUGGCAGGCAGUUGGUCGACGCCACUGUCAGCACUGCUUUUCAGCCUCAGGCUGAUGUCAGGAGCCUGACGAGCACCUCUCUCUGUGCCUGGCUGCAUCAGGAGCCGCAGACGCUCGUGUGGUGGUCCACGCUCUACAGGCUCACUUAUGCUAGCACUGUUGAGCACGCAGGCGUGCAGUGCAGUGCGUGCAGUGCUGACUCCCCCACUGGCCUGCUGUACGUGUGCCGUCAGUGCCCAGGCUACGCUCUGUGCCAGCUGUGCUUCUUCACUGCACGCUGUUCUGCACCGCACAGCCCUGACCACGCUGUGCAGGAGCACUGCCAACAGGUCGGGUUACGAGAGCGCGGUGCGGCAGCGCUGGACAGGGUGGCCGCUAAGUUGCGUCUCUCAUCGCGCUCCUCUGCCACGCAGCGCUUCCUGCCUCUGCCUGGCAGCCACGCCACCACAGUGUCAGGGAGAGAGCACAAGAUAAGACCCGACCCCACCACACCUGCCCCCUCAGGAGCCGUGCGCCAGAGCCCAGCUUGUGCCGCCACGACGUCUUCCAUGCCCACGAGAACUGUGUCCCCUGCUCCUCCUGGAGGCGACGCCUGGUCAGUGUCCAUCGUCCCUGACGACCAUUGCUCCACUGAGGAUGCUUGUGAGAGUCCAAAUGACGUCAACGGGUAUAGAAAAAUUAAUGAUGAUUUUGACUGCGAUCCAGUGAAAAAUCUCGAGAGAAAAAUUUCUGAAGGAAUCCAUGCUUCGGACGAUGAUGAAGUUGAGGCUUUAAAGAAGAUCGACAGGGGAGUUGCGAAAGAUAAAAAUGAAGAAUACGAAAAGAUCAAUGACACUGUUAGGAAUAUAUCUGAAGAUCCAAUGGAAAGGAAGCUGGUUACUGUUCAGUCCAGCCUGAUGUCUCGUCAACCUUUAAAACCUUUGAAUCCUACAGAAGUCCAAGAAGCUUUUUCUGAUCAUCGUCUGCCAAACUUCCUGCAUCCUGGUGCAGAAAAUGUACCAAACAAAGGAAAAAAGUCCAAGAAGAGCAAGAAAAGCCUUCUUAACCGCCUUUUCAAAGGUCCUAGAAGUAACAAAUGUUAUCAGAUGAAUUGCACAACUAAAGAUGACAUCAAACUUCAGUCAAAGCCUGGCGACUCACCCAGUCCGUUUGUGCGCAACGACACACGUUCGCGCAGUCUCAACGUCAACCCUGAGAAUCCAAAUCAUGGAGUUGCCUCAGGAAAUCAGAACCUGUACGGACGAUUUCGGUAUGGCAGCUGCAGGAUGAACCCUGCGUACACCGCUGCUGGCAGGACGAUAAAAGUCCAAGAUGAUGCGGGCCGAAUUCCUGUUGCCGACAAAGCCCUCGCAUGCUUAGAUGAAACUUUGCUGAGGAUGGAACGACAAAACUCAACAAACCGUUGCCAGCAACAGUUGCAGCUCCAUGGUUCCAGUAAAACUCACAUUUCCGCCGGUGACAGCCCUAGACGGCAGCUGGCUUCUGUCAUCAGUCAACUGCAAGGCGGCUACUGCGCCCUCAGCAACACGUCACUACGUGGCGCUAACAGCGCUGCUGUGGUCCAGCAGCAUACGCGCAGCCUGGCACAGCACAUCGCUGCUCUCCGCUCUGUGCUGCAGAAAAUGAACGGUCCAGUGGGCGUCGUGACGCCGUGUGUUCGCUCGACCCUUGAACGCCAGCGUCACGAGCGCGUGCCGUCCUUCGAGAGCAGCACGCCCAUCAGUGGGGCGCCUCUGCGGCCCCGCAUGCCCACUAAAAAUUUUGAUCUCGCUCCUCCAAAGACUACUUACAUCCCUAGGGGAUCGCCAGGACCUCGUGAACCUAUGAACUCAAAUGUUGGUCAGCAGCAGCGACCGGCAAGUUCAACAGACAAAUUGCAAGUUGCGCCUAACAGAAAAAUGAAGACGACUUCGUGGUCUGCAUUGUCCCCGAUUGUACACAGUGGUUGUGACUCGGCGAGGCGUUUGGAUGACACGGCCAUCGUAAUGAAAAAGCUCGGCGAGCAGGAGAAGGCCCAAGCCCUGGGGAUCGUUGAGGCUGACAGGGGUUCUUUGGCCCACGAAGCCCCACGCGACCUGCGCUCGACUGAAGACUCGGGAGCUCCUGAGGAAUGCCGCCUGCCCAGCUUCACGGAAGUCAGCUUCUCAGACCUCACCAGAACUGGCAGUGACAGAGUCUUUAGGACGUGGGGUGGCAGUGGGCGGUCGUGUACGCGCGACGUGUACAGUGUAGACUGCGACGCAGUGCUCAGUGCUUCCGACGGACUCGCUACCCUCGUCGGUGACCAAGCUACCCUCGUCGGUGGUCAGGCUACCGUCACUGACCGUGACAGCGUCAGUGGCAAAUAUGAUUCUUUGAGAAGCAAUAACGGUUCCAACUGCGACAACAAAAACGCAUUUACGGCGCCGUUGAGUAGAGUCGUUGCGUCUUCAGUCUCAAGAAGUAGUAAUAACACACGGGCGAGUGUGCUUGGUAACCUGGAUACCACGUCCGGGGUAUCCAUUUCUGGAAGUAAUUCUAUGAGCACCUCUCUGGAUAUGAGCUGUGAGCAGCUACAGCUGGAACUGGAAGACAUCCUGCAGCAGCUGGACGCCAUGUUUCCUGCUGGGGGACUGUCUUCUGACUCAGAGUGCGACGGUGUGGUGGUAGCAGCGCAAGAAUUGGGAGACUGUCUGGCGGAGUAUGUCAAUGCGGUGCCUUCUCAGGAUCAGUGACAGCGCUUCAAGAAGUAUUGUGUAUGGGACUCAGUUUUCUGUCAGCAACUUUACAAUAUUUAAUAUUAUUUUUUCUAUCACAAACUUCUAUAUCAACUUGGUUGGCACCAGUGAUUUGAGCUGAGGUCAAUGCGACUCCGUUUCUUGUCGGCUCAUCAUUGCCGCAACUGCAUCCAAUGCGUAGGCAUUGUUUGCCAUCCAAUUGCUUGACCAGAUGGCCAUUGGUACAAUUUUGCUACGGGAAACUAGUUGUUACUCGUAUCCUUUUCGCGUUUAAAAUUUCAAUACUUAACCCGACAACGAGGAUAACUGGCGCGAUCGAGUUUGACUUAACUGCACACGGAAGCAUCCUUAUCUUCGGAAAUGACGGUGUUGCUUGUGAAUGACGAUAAAGAUGUUAAAUAAUUACCAAGGUUGUGACUGAUUCUCAUUGAGGUAGCACUCAUCUGAUGUAAUCGUAGUAAGUUUCAAUGAAACUUCCACAUUCCACUAGUGUUAUGAUUAGUAUUUUCUCUCGACUGAAAGUAGCAGGAGUGUGCUGCUGCCGUCUCGACUACCGUUAGAGUAACUCCACUACCGUAGGGUAACUCAACUAUUGUUAGGAUUACUCAUUGCUCAACGAAAGCUUUUGUAUUUAAUGUAUUGACCGUUUUGCUUCAGCGAGAGCUCCCCAGGGACUGAUGUUUUUUCAGUCUGCAUACUUGGUACCUUAUGCAUUCUUUUCGCCCCUUACUUUCAGAUUGGCUUAGCUUGAAAUUUCUUCUGGCUGUCUUUUUCUGCUAUGCUUACACAUUUUUCCAAAGUAUUUUCACUUCCUGAAAUCACUUUUUAACAAAACUAUGGACAGCUGCUGAAGACGCUACAAGCGAAGUUCCAUAAGCACGUGUUGGAGUACAUCACAGCGUGAGACGUUAUAGCGGAUAACGUUUAUCAGUGUCUUGAGAAUUCUCGGUUGUAAUGAUGUUAGCUAAUUGUCCCUUUUUUAGCUUGACUCUAUUUAAACACAUUUAAUUUUCUGAAUUUACGACUAGUUAAUUAGUUAAUUUAAAACAAAUUGCUAGGCUCUAAUUGAUUGCGCUUGGGUGUUGCAAUUCAACUUGGAUAUGUUCGCUGUAAAAUUAGUUUUAAGGUAUAUUGCACAAGACGGCGCGUCAUUUCAAAAGACGUGCAUUAAAAUUCUCCGUCUAAAUUGCACAAAUUUAGUAACUAGUAUCGAUUUAAAUACUGCAAGUUAAAUGUGGUGUUAUAAUACCAAUAGAAAUUAUUAUAAUUAUUGUGCAGAAUUCGUGCAUAAUGUAUAAUAUAUUGCAGAUGGCCGUCUGAUAUUUGACGUUAAUGUAUUGUGCUUCGGGCGUGAGGACUUGCAUUUCUUCCACUACGUUCAAAAAUAACUGCCUCCAUUAUUAAUUUUAUAUUUUAUGUUAACAUUGAUACAAAUUUGUUAUUUUCACCUUUGAAAAUAAUGACGCGCCGGUUUGUUCGUUGCGACCUCCUUAGAAUUAUCAACGUUGAGCAUCGCAAUAAACGGCAUCUUUAGGAUUAAGCAGAGCUGUGAUUACAUUUC